AUGAAUCCAGGCAAGCCUUUGGUGCUUGGUCGCAGAUCAUAUAUCGAUGACAUCCUGAUCCCCGCUAAUAGUUGGGAUCAGCUUUGUGACCGAGCAUGUGAUAAAUGGAACUUGUCGAUCAGCGUGGUUAAAAGUUUCUGGGGGAUGCCCAAGGUGGAGUACCUUGGACAUAGGGUCUCACACAAUGGACUGGAGGCGAAUCCGAAAGAUCUGUCUGCACUAACUGAUCUAGCCUUCCCAGGAUCACUCAGAGCCAUGCAAUCAUUUCUGGGGAGUCUGAACUACUAUAGCCGAUUUAUCGAAGACUAUGCGAUCUACGCGUCGGUUUUGUACGAAUUGCGGGAAAUCGACUUUGUUGCGAUGGCGAAGGAGGCUACCCAAGAGCGGAUCCAACAAGUACUGGAGGCAGAAGGCGCAGAUCCAAGAUCACAGGAAGAUCGGAACGUUGAUCACCAAAGAACUCUGGAUCCGGAGGCGCCUGAUCCUACCGAGGUGGGUCCGCGCUGGAUCCAUGCCCAUCGGUCCUUCAACGUGCUUAAAACCAGGAUUGCUACAACUCCGAUCUUACGACAUUUUGACCCAGAUCGAAAGGUCACAGUGGUGGUGUACGCUAGCGACUGGGCUAUCUCGGGGGGCCUUGAUGCAGGAAUACCCUACCCCGUAACGUUUGCGAGCCGCACUCUGAAGUUGAAUGAGUUAAACUAUGGCAUCGCGGAGAAGGAAGUGCUAGCCCUUCUGAGGAUCCUGGCUCUAUAUUACAAUACGUUGGUUGGGCGUCCGAUCCAUGUACUAACCCGACAUUCGACAUUGGCGUGGCUUUUCAGAUCCACGGCUUUGCAAGGACGUCUGGGGCAAUGGGCGGCUCUGUUGUCGCCUUGGACGCUGGAGAUUACUAAGUGUGUCAAAGGAGAGGACGAGAUCUUGGGAGCACUGGCAGCCAGUAUCACCCCUAGAUCAGAAGCGGAUAAGGCGUUGAUCUCAAUUGCCCCCAAAAGCUAA